AUGGCAAAUAGUAAAUAUGAAUAUGUAAAGUUAUUUGAGCAACCUGAUUCAUUACUGCCGAAUGUAUGGAUCGUUGUCAGAGUAGAUGGUAGAGGUUUUCACAAAUUCACACAGAAACACGAUUAUGCAAAACCAAACGAUGAUCGUGGACUCAAUCUGAUGAAUCGUUGUGCUUUAGAGGUAUGCAAAGAAUUCACUGAUAUAGUUAUUGCAUUCGGUGAAAGUGAUGAAUAUAGUUUUGUAUUGAAAAAACAGUGUACAUUAUUCGAAAGAAGAGAAAGUAAAAUUACAUCAUCUAUAGUUAGUUACUUCUCAAGUCAAUUUGUUUAUAGAUGGAAAGAGUAUUUCGGUGAUUUCGAAUUGAAAUAUCCACCAACAUUCGAUAGUCGUGCCGUUUGUUAUCCAUCAGAUCAGAAUUUAAGAGAUUAUCUUAGUUGGAGACAAGCAGAUACACAUAUCAAUAAUUUAUAUAAUACAGCAUAUUGGGCAUUGGUGCUGAAGGGUGGCAAGACACCGAAUGAAGCAGAGUUGGAACUGAGAGGAACUCUCUCUGAGCAAAAGAAUGAAAUUCUCUUUUCGAGAUUCGCCAUCAACUAUAAUAAUCUACCGCAAAUGUAUCGAAAAGGAAGUGUUAUCUACCGAAAGAUGGUUGCAGAGGAACGUAUCGACAGUCGGACAGGUCAACCCACAACCAAACAAAAGAAACGUCCCAUAACAAAACGAACGAAAAAUAAUGAUUUUGGUGGCAAAAAUCGAAAAAAAAAAGGUGAUGUUGAUGACGAUGUUUGGUUAUGGUCGACUAUCGCUGGUCAUAGCUAUUCUCUGGAGGGAGUUUUUCUCUCCUUGAAUCAAAUUACAUCACAUUGUGUUAUCAAUACAGAGCAAAAGGAUUUAAAAUCACAUGCUCUUUUUUAUGUUAUUUCAAAAGAAUACUUCAAAAUGAAUACAAAUAGUAUCAAAAAAACAGAUAGAUUAAUCAAUGGAAAUCAUAUCUUGGAAUUUAAUUUUGUGGGACUAUUCAUUGAUAGACUCUUGGUUUUAGUUUAUAAUCAUUUGAAAGAUAAAGAUAAUAUCACAAUCGUUGGAAAUAUCAAUAUUAAUAAUAAUGUGAUUGUAAUACCAGAUACAGUCGAUACUGAAUACCAAUUAAUAAUAUUAGCAUCGGGUUCUUCCAAAUCAAAGUUAGUUUCCAUACCGAUGUGCUUGGAGUUAUUAAACAAAUCUCAAUCAUACUUAAUCGAUAUUCAAGAAUGUCAAUACAAAUACAACCUUAGCUAUUUCAAACAAUUACAUAUCGUUAAUAACAAACAGUAUCAUUCAAUAACUAGAUUUCCUAAUUGUAAUGGUAUCAAUGAUGUUUAUCUAGUAGGUUAUAAGAGAAGACUGAUAAACUAUAAAGCUAAUCAAAAAUGUUAUGAAGCAGCAUUGAAUGAAAUCAAAGCAAUGAAAUUACUCAAAGGUAAUCCAAGAUUCAUUCAAAUUUUUGACCAUCACGAUGAUAGAGAUAACCAAACCUUUCAUAUCAUCACUAAAUAUAGUUAUGGUGGUGAUCUUUCUCAAAAGUAUAAACGUUUAAUUGAUCAAAAUCUAAUCUUUGGCGAGACAGAUAUCAGUAAAUAUAUUUCGCAGCUUUUCAAUAUUCUUUUGGAUCUUGAUAAGCAUGGAAUUGUUCAUUGUGAUAUCAAGCCAUCAAACAUAUUCAUUGGUAAAAGUGAAUUUAGUUGGACUUUGAGACUUGGUGAUUUUGGCAGUUGUAAAUUUCUUGAUGAAGAGCCAGCCUUUCAGUUACAAGGUACAAUAGAAGACCUCCAGGAAGCAGGUGAUUUAAUUGUGAAAUCUAUCGACGAUGAAAUAUCAAAGCCCACCAUUUGUCCAAUAAACACAAAUACACUUGUAAAAGCAACUCGUGGGACAAUUGGUUAUAUUUCACCGGAAGCAAUGAAUAGACAAUAUGCUCAAUCAUGUGAUAUCUUUUCAAUUGGAUCAACCAUUCUCAAGUUAUUAACUUGUCAGAAAAAAUUUGAAGCAUUGAUAAUAACAAAUUCAAGUGAUUCACUUGCAUUUAUCAAAGAAUAUUAUCCAGAAUACUAUUCAACACACAAUUUAUCCAAGAUCAGAGAUUUCUUUGUCGAUUCUGAAAACAACAAAAUCAAAGGAGAAUAUAUCACCGCUCUCCUAUUAACACAACAAUUUUAA